GCGAGAUGUCCCUGUGUGAUCCUGGUUUAGCGCCUACACGUGCGGUCUAAAGUUUGGCAGUGUGACUCUCAAGCGGAUAUCUGCUUUAUCUCUUAACAUAGAAGCUGUAUAUCGCCCAGGUAUCGAACGUCCUGUAAAAGAGACAGAUGUUAGCUUGCGUAAUGAAGAUUACGGAGAAUAUAUAACAGCGGUCACAGUUGAUCCGGACGCCACAAGCGAGCCGGUACCAAGACGCGAGGCGUCUAACACAGUCACUCGGCUGUACAGCGUUUUCUUACCAAUUCAGUGUUUCUGAAACAAAACAAAGAUGCAGCCCAGUUCCAGGUGGUCUAGAACAACUCUGGUGGUGGUGCUGCUGCUGCUAGUAUCCUGCUGCACUGCCAAGAUAACCAUCAUAGCCCCCCAAGAAGGACGGCAACCCGCACCUGUGCCCACCGAAGACGCUCCGACGGUCUCCACCGAAGACUUUGAGGCAACAUCUACUGAAGAUCCAGAUUCGGCGUCGACGGAAGACUUCGGAUCCACGUCCACCGAAGUGACAACACUGGUCGGAGGUCACUCAGAAAGAACCACGGAGGCCCAGCCUGAGACUCGAAAACCGUUGACCAACUACUCGGCUCCAGAAGGCAAGCCUCGUAGGGCAUGUCCCAGGAUGGAGGACAUCCAUCCGUGCAAGUGUGUCGAGUUCAACGGCAUAACACCGGGCUCCAUCGAGACGGUAGUCACGUGCAAGAACAUCCGAAACAAGGAGGUUCUGGUAACAGCAGUCCAGGGAUUCCGACACCACACUGUCAAUUACUUCGUCAUCGACACCUGCAACAUACCUCCUUUCCCCAACAAAAUGCUCAACAAUGUCAAGGUUGGCUGGAUGGAGAUUGUCAACUCCACUGUCACCAUGGAAGGGGGCUUCUUCAGCUGCUCAAAAGACUGCUUAUGAAAUCACUCGAGUCUCACCGCCACCCCACUUGAAUAUCGUAGCCUCAAGAUGAUGCAUCAUCUCUCAACAGUGACUCAAUCAAAAUCAUCACAAACAAAUGUGCAAAAAAACCGCAAACAGUUUGUUACAUAGGGCCUCAAAGCAAAGACCCUCACGUGGAAGUUUUGUUAAGCAGACCGGUGCAAUGAGUCCGUCAUGCUGACGAACAUUGUGGUCGGGCCUUAAUAUGGCCGAAAUAUUGUGUUCUCGAGUAGGGAGUGGUCCAAGAGGGACUGUUGUGGAGUCUGAAUAUUUGACCGCAGAGCUGUGUGUGGAUGCGCUAAUGACCGCAGGAAAGUGGCCGUAAAAAAGAGAGCUGGAAUCUCUUUCCCGCUUGCUGAGAAUAGUUGAUGUCAUCGAUGUUGCCCAGCAACAUUGUGCUUUUAUCUUUUUUUGUUUCUGAAGCAUCCGAGUGUCGAAGACAGUGCAACCUACGUCUAUUAUUGUGACCGUGUUUAUAGUCGUGUUGGUGACCUUGCAGAAUGCACCAGAUUCUGCACAUGCAUUGCCAAACAGGCCUUAUACUUGGAGAAAGGUCUACAAGAAAACUGGUCAUCAGUCUAACUGAUGUUAAUCAGCAGUGAUGUGUGUUAUGAGGUAUCUGCAUUUACACCACUUAAGAAAAGAGUUCCAUGCAGAUAUUUAAUAUGUGGCUCUCGUUUUAUUUAUUAUUUAUUUACUAUGUGUCUAAAGUGACAGCUCACAACAAAAGUUAAUUUCCAGUUUUUCGGAGAUAAGGAAAGCAACAUGAACGGCAGAAAGGACGAGGGCGGGACAAAACAUAUUUGCCACUGGUGGCUUGAACGUCUAUUGACGUCCCUCGACGCCGCCGAUAGAUUUCCAGUUUUGGUUUUGAUUGCAUCUGCAGAAAAACGGUGAGCACACCUUGAGAAAAAGAGGUGUCGUAUGCUCGGCUGUUGGUCCUUAGUAUAUCCUAGUAUAUCCCAGCUAGGGAGCAAGAAAGUCCAUUCCCCGACUUCAGCCCAUUCCAUUUGUGUCUCAACAAUCUGACUAGCUCUAAAGAGCAGCUGUCACAUAACCAAAGCUGGAGUCGUUUGCGUUACUAGACACACAAUGCUAGAACUGCAGCAGGCACAGAGGGGCAGUGAAGAAUUCUAUUCCUUAAUUUUUGGUACUAGACAGUAAGGAUGUCUACUUUUGAGGGAAGGUCAAAUUAUAUAACUGGAAUUGUUUCGACGUGAUGGUCAAUGUUGCAGUGCACUCAAAAAACUGUUGCUCAAGCCUCCAAACACAAAACACUCACGCAGCACUCACCAACAACUUUGUAUUGGUUGUUGUCUGCUUCAACUUCUACUUCAUUUUAAGAUGAUUUUCAAAUAGAAAAAUGAAAGAGGUGAAAAAUUCCCAUUUAACGCCUAGACAAACUUGCAGCUACAUAACUAAUCUCUUUUUGUGACAAUAUUAUAAACGGCAUACUAACACAUUUGUUGCCCAGUCAUAGAAUGUACUCAGUUUCGAUAAUUUCCCUCAGUUGGUUGACACUUUUGCCUAGCAUAAUGCUGUGGUUGAAAUGCACAGAGCAACCACGAUCCCGACACUGAAUUCCUAAGUGGCCAGAGUUGGCGUUUUAUUUAGCUGCAAGUUUGUUUAGGCGUUGGAAGGGGACAUUUCCCCUUUUUCAUUUUUUGUCUUUUCUAUUUAAAAAUUGUUUUAAAUCGAAAAAGAAGUAGAAACGGAAGUUUAUCACACAAUACAAAGUUGUUAGUAAGCACUGUGUGAGUUUUCCUUUUUUCUGUGUGCAUGUUCAAAACCUAGAUAGGCAGUUUUUCGAGUGCGCCGUAACGUCGACCAUUGUCAACAACCAACUCGCCCAGUCUGAUGUUCUCAAUGCUUCAACGUUAUCAGACUCUCAAAUAAACGGGCUGGCCCUUCCAAGGAUGUCCAAAUCAUGAUCUAUCAUUGUAACGCUACACAUGAAUAGGAAAAUGUAUUGUUUGUGGAAGAAACUACAUUGCCCGUCAAGCGGAACAUGGAGCAUUAGAUUGCGCCACAUGGGUUCUAUUCGGGCAAUGGCAGGAGUCAACUAUGGCCCGAGCGGUGGCACGGACCAGACGCCACAGUUUGGGUAGAACUUGCACAAGCUUAACUAAUUUUCCCACAUUCCGCUCAAGUUUGGCAAUAGCUUUACUUAGUGCUAUACACCCACACGUGGCUCUUACGUCACGCGGCUGUAGUGGCGCUGCCAUUGGCCAGGUGCAUGCGUAGACGUUUUACUUGGCACGAAUCUGAUUUCUGCGCACUGCCCACACCUGCUGUGGCAAAUGCCGACUCAUUGGUUGUUUGUCUGUCUAUGGGAAUCCUCCAUCGUCGCACCUAGGCUCAUUGGUAAGUCUUCCAGAAUUCUGUCGACAAACGUUGCAUCUGAUGAAUCUGAAUAUAUGUCCAAUUCUGUGAGUGAUUUCGUCCAAGAAAGCGACGAAGGGAAGACGUGGAUCAACAAGCCGUACGUCGUAACCUCCAUCCUUGUAAAUAAUAAAACGAAAUUGUGGCAUUU